GCUCCGUUUCUUUCUAUUUCCUUAUCGCGAGCGACUACACUCCCACGAGUGCCACACACGGCGCAUCGUACGGCGAUGUCGUCCUCGGCGAAGUACACGUCGGACGAGCAGCUGAGCGAGUCCUGGGUGGAGCUGGUGCCGGACCAGCCGCUGGCGGCCCGGACAACGCCGACGCCGUUUAGCAUUACCGGCGAACGUGAAUACCUGCGACUUCUCAGGGAAGCACAGAGGGAUUCCACACAUUCAUCCGCGAAGCAUUCCCUGGCGUCCUCGCGCCGGGACACUCCGAGGGACAGUCCGAAGAGCCCGCCGAACAGUCCGAACACAGAACUCUCAACCGAAGAUGAGCUCAAAGGAGUCUACAUAAAUUACGGCUGCAACAAGGAGGGCGAGCUUCUUGAGAAGAACACAGACUGGAUUUACGAAUGGAGCUCUCGACCGGACCAGGCGCCUCCAAAAGACUGGAAGUUCAAACACCCUUUGGGUAGUAAGAGGAAAACAUACAGCAUCCGUACCGCGAAGGUUGGCAAGAACGGAUUGUUUUCCAAGGAGGUCAUUUAUACUCUAUUCUUCACGAAUCUUCUGUCUCUGCUCAUUGGAACCGGUCUAGGGUAA